CACACACACACACACUCAUCUGCGUCCGUCCACAAAGGCACCCAACCAGAGCCAUGUCUACGAAUAAACACACGACUUUCACGGAGGCGAUUUUCCCCCCUUUUUCCAUUUGUGCCCCGUCGUAGCGCGUCUCGAGGUUGGAACGAAAUGUUCUGGAUGUAUUUUCUCCGGAGAGUGUGAAAGUGGAGGGAAGCGCAGUUAGCUGGAGCCAUGUGGAGGGCGGACACAUCCCUUGGUGGGAGCACCGCGGGCGAAACACGACAUUGAGAGGGGGACAAUAUUUGCAUCUUUCUUUCGGAGAAAAAGAUCCGUCAAUGAGGAAACACAGAGAGGGGAGAUGGUAGAGAAUGGCCGCACCUGACCUUCUUGACCCAAAGUCUGCCGCCCACAACUCCAAACCUCGCCUGUCCUUCUCGGCCAUACCAGCUGUUCUGAACACUCCAGAUGACGACGAGUGCGACACCCGGACUACCGUCAUGAGGUGGAAAACUGUGUCAGCCAUCUUCUUCCUGGUGGUGCUUUACCUCAUUAUCGGGGCAACAGUAUUCAAAGCGCUGGAGCAACCUGAUGAGACAGAGCAGAAGAAUGCCAUCCUUCGGAAAAAAAUAGAUUUCCUGAUCAUGCACUCCUGCGUGAACUCUUCCGAGCUGGAGGAUUUGGUCAAGCAAGUGGUUUCAGCAGUCCGAGCCGGUGUAAACCCAUCAGGAAGUGUAUCCAACCAGACGAGCCUCUGGGACAUCAGCUCCUCUUUCUUCUUUGCCGGGACUGUCAUCACAACCAUCGGGUUUGGGAACAUUUCUCCUCACACAGAAGGAGGGCGGAUCUUCUGCAUCAUCUACGCUCUGCUAGGGAUUCCCCUGUUUGGAUUCUUAUUGGCUGGCGUCGGGGACCAGCUGGGGACCAUUUUUGGGAAAGGCAUCGCUAAAGUAGAGAAGAUGAUUGUGAAGUGGAAAGUCAGCCAGACGAAGAUCCGCGUCUUCUCCACGCUGCUCUUCAUCCUGUUCGGGUGCCUCAUCUUCGUGGCCCUGCCUGCCGUCAUCUUCCAGCACAUCGAGGGCUGGAGCACGCUGGAGUCAAUCUACUUCGUGGUCAUAACUCUCACCACCAUCGGCUUUGGAGACUUUGUCGCUGGUGAAAAAGCUGGGUCAGAGAGUCAGGACUACCUGGACUACUACAAGCCUGUGGUGUGGUUCUGGAUCCUCGUGGGCCUGGCGUACUUUGCUGCUGUGCUCAGUAUGAUCGGAGACUGGUUCAGGGUCAUCUCAAAGAAGACAAAAGAGGAGGUUGGAGAGUUUCGAGCUCACGCGGCUGAGUGGACAGCAAAUGUCUCAGCUGAGUUUAAAGAGACCCGGCGGCGACUCAGCGUUGACAUCUAUGACAAGUUCCAGCGUGCUGCAUCCAUCAAGCGCAAGCUGUCGUCCGAGCUGGGCAUUAAUGCAUCCAUCAAUCAAGAAAUGACCCCUGGCAAGAGGGCGCUGUCAGCCAACCUGUACGAGGACAGAGAAGCUUACACCAGCCUGACUCUCUCUCUCAGUCCCAUCACUGGGGGGCUGGCCAGGAACGGCAGCCUUUACCUGAACGGCCUCAGCCCUGACUACGCUGACCGGCGGGAAGUUGUAGUCAUCGAAAACCUAAAAUGAGCAUCAGCAUUAAAGAGAGACUUACUCAUCUGAUUGGAGCAAUCUGAUAGCAGACAGAGAUCACCAUCACAAACACUUUUGUGCUUUUAUAAGGUGCAUCAGUGUUAAGGAGGCCUUGCGCAGCCAUGAAGAGGAGUCUGUCAAAUUAUUGAAAACCUUGAGUGACUAAUACACAAAUCAAUAGUCAAACUCCAAUUCCACAGGGGUGUCUAGGACUACCUUCAAAACCUCCGGUGUUUGACAGCCCCCUAGUUCCAGUCAUAUUGUAAAGGAGUCUGACUUCUUUACAUAAUUUCAGCACCAACACAAUCUACAGCUUUGCUCACGAUUGGACUAAAUCAGAAGCCUGCUGCAGACUGAAACAUGAUUGUAUUGGAGGACUGUGUAAAAAAAAAAACUCUUUUAAAAUAUAAAAGCCCAUAUUGAGCUUUCAACACAGCGAACGUCUUCUAAAAUGCUGACAAACAGUCCUGUGAACACAGAGAAAUAAAUGCAUUCAUAAAACCUAGAAAGCAAUAGAUGUGUCUGUGCUCAUCUCUUGAUAAAUCAGAGGUCAUGAAAUCUGCAUCAGAUAAAAGGAUCCUCUCGACUAAAAACACUCCCUAACCAACAGUGAACACUUGUUCUGGUCCUGUGCAAACACAAAGGAAUGUGGCUCUUACUUUUCGUUUACACUUCUUCCAGUAUGAAUUUAUAUGCCUUGCAUCCGCCUGUCAGACUGUCCUCACUAAGAGAUGAAUGUUGACAUUUUUGUUCCCUCAUGAUUGACUUUUAGCUUUUCACCCUAAGGAAUAAUCCACUUGUGCCUUACUGGGAACCAUACUGAACAUGUGAGGAUGGUGAUGCAUGAAAGACUAGGAAACGCUUCGUCUGUCCACUCAUAUGUUAUAUACGAGCACAGCACUAGUAAAGACAUAUAUAAAUAAAUAGCAGGAGGCAUCUCUGAAAAACACAGAAAUUAAUGGAGGGAGCAUUUUUUUUUUAAGUAGAGAGAGAGUGGAGAAAAUGUUUCUUGAAAUAACUUGGAAAAUGUCAUCUUUCUGUCUGCCAGUGAAUCAUUAAGUACCAGUUUUUAUGUGCUGAGAUUGCUACAUAAACCACACAGUGCCAGGCUCCUCCAUUACACCCUAUUCUCCUCAUAUACCAAAGUGAUCUCUUUAUUCUGCCUGGGAAUCAGAAAGGUCCUCACUCUGAUCAAAGGAUCAGGAGAGCUGUUAUUUCUGAUUCUAAUUCUGUUGAUUUCUAAAAAUUUAACUCUACUUUCAUGUUUGGUCAUGGUGGUGGAAUAUAGAGCUUGGUGUACUACGGCUGUCCUUUUCUAUCCACUUUGAAAUAAAUGUUUUCAGGCAUAGUAAUGGUGUAAUGAAAAGCUUUUGGGAUGUAAAGCAUCAAGAACUGUACCUUACUAGUUUAUUAGUUUUUUGCGGGGGCCAAUACUGAAUGUACACCAUUAAUAACCUCUAUUUACUGAAAAUUACUGUAGUGACUAAUUUAUUCCAUCUUUUUGAAGUCUGGGUAUCAUCACAGAGAAAGAAAAAUAUACAAAUAAAUGCCAAGUUGAUUAAAGUCAUGAAAACUGUAGAAAUGUUGUUGUGGCACAGUUAAUAUCUCACUUUGCUUCAUAACACAGGAAACCCAUCUGGGGUCACAUUUUAUUUUCAGAACAUUUCUGAAUUGAGGAGAAUGGGUGCUUCUGAUAAGAAGCUUAUUUGAGGUUGUGAUGUCUCCCAGCUGAAUGGUUUGAAUGAUGUGUCUUAUUGUCAGUGCUUUUAUCCAGCAAGAUAUGCUGUUAUAUUCUCAAUGCAUUUUAUAGUGCUAUUUACAGCUUGUAGCAUUGGAAUACAUAUACAACACAGUGUGGCUUACGAGACAGUCAGUUCUAAUUGUCUGCUAUAUCAAAUGUCUUAUUUAUGUGUUUUUUAUCAAGUAUAAAAAAAUGUUUUCUUUUGAAAUUAACCACUUUUCCCAUAGAUAAACACAAAUGAACACCCGCUAUAAUUAAUACCAUGACUAAAUGGCCAGUUGGUUGCACCCAGUCUUUAUAAGCUCACAUGUAGCCAAUUUAUAAGGUAAAAGACUAUUUGGAGAGUUCUUCAUCAGCAAAAAUCCAUUAGCUAUUGAAGUGGCUGAUAGCUGUUUUGACUGUUUCAAGGUGUAACACAAUAGAAUGGGAAGAAAUUAGCUAGGAUGUUAGCUAGAACGUGACAUCAGCAAAAAUUGUAGCUAGCAUAAAAUAUUUGCCAGAAAAUGUUGUACUGGCAAUUAUUCAAGCUAACAUAAAAUGUGACUCUGGCAACAUACAUUAUGCAACAUAACUUUGGUUAGAAAGUAAAGUUGUAGCUUACAUUACUGUUAAUGCUAAUGAGUUAUCCAAUAAGAUGUUUUAGCUUGAAUGAUCACAGGAUGCUUUCCAUAUUCUCCACUAUCCAUUGUAUUUUCUGUUGCUUAUUAAUCUAGAAGCAGUGAAAUUCAAAUAAUUUGUCAUGUUCUCUACACUUACUGUACAUGACUUACAACGUGGAACAUAGCAGUAAGAUCACUCAGCUGUCUUUUAUAUCAAAGGAAUUACAGAUGUGUCAAGACCUUAAUUUUUUAUUAGCCAAUGUCGAGUGGGAAACUAGCAGGAGAGGCUUUUAAAACAAAGAAUUAGCAGAUUAAAAAAACAUCUGGUUCAUCCUAGUGUAGGUUAUACAUUUACUUUCUCCUUCUGUUGUGAAUGUCCUGGAUUUCUUGAAAUCUUGAUUUUAACAUAAACACUGGUUUGUGCAGAGCUGCAGCUGUCCUUUGUUAUCUCGUCAAAGAGGAGUCACAAAUACAUUUUGCACUUUCGAACAUGUUUCAGUUUCUUGAAAUACCAUCAUGGACUUCUUUUAGUGUUUCUAAAAAGCAAUCAGCGACAUCGAAAAACUUCCCUUUUGUUGUUGUGUCUUUCAUUACACUAAAAGAAUAUUUCCCGGUACUUAAAUGAUUUGAUGCCUGGGGGAAAAAAAACAGUCCAAGGCUGGGCGCAGCUGCUCAAAGUGAAGACCCUGAAAGUCCUCCUAUUCAUUCUUCCCAGGCGGCCGUGUGAUUGACAACUACUGGGAGGCAAUUUAAGAAGUGCUGUCAAUUGAGUAUUAUGUAAUAUGUCAAGCCAUGUAUGACCACAUGUGAGGAUACGUGUACGUGAUUGUGUUCAAAGUAAGUGUGGGUCUGUGUGCAUGAGUGAAUGUGUGAAUGCUUGUGUGCAUUUUGGUGUUUGAGGAAACUCAUUUGCUUUCCACCCCCAGCUUUUUCACAUGGCAUCCUCUUCUUCUCCCAGGGUGACAAGUUUUUAAUUAAGUCUGUGACUGCUUCAAAAUCCCAGUUCAAGCAUGUUGAAUGUAUCUAUCCAUUCAUGACGGCAGAGAUGAGCCUCAUUAUGAAUGUAAGCACAUGUUUCUCAUUUUGAUUUAUGUAUGCAAAGACGUUAAAUUAGCUCAGUGGGAAUGCUGUGAAAACAUUAAAGGCUUUUAAAAGUCUGAAGAUUCCAUAGAAACAUGAUUACGCACCAACUGUAGUCAUAAUAACCCUAAAGUUCUAUCAAUCAAUAAAUCAAUCAAUAAUGAUCAGAAAGGUGGCCAACAGCAUGAUCAUCUGUUUUGAGAAAUUUUGAAAUAAAAAAUGUACAUCCUUGACAUUCAGAUCUGUUUUUUAAAAACAGCAACUUUGGUUUAGAUUUAAUAUUUUUCAAUAAUUUAUCUAUGGAAAACUUUUCCAAUGACCCAACAAGACAGACAAAACUAAUUGCUUAUAUAAUAUACAAUUUAGAUUCGGAUGCACAUUUUUUUUUUUUAAAUCUAAAUGAUUUCAACAAGUGUUGCAUGCUACUUUUCUUCCACAGUGUUUAUAGUUCAGAUGUGUCUUUAAGAAUUGCAGGCUUUGCUUUGAUUUUAAAAACAUUAUGGAAAAAUAUGUGUUUCACUUUGUUAAUAUGUUUAUGUACGUCAAUAAUCACAAUGAAGUUUG